CAGAUGUCAUUAUUGUCAACACGUGCGGUUGUGAGCUGCAUUUUUGGUUUUCGUGUCGCAAUAAAGUUUUAAUUCAAUAUUUAAACCUUUAAUACUAAUUAAAACAAAUCUAAAAAUGAAAAAACCUAAAAAUGAUGAAAUCCCCGGUUUUCCGUCGAUGGACGGUGGCGACAAAGAUUCUGAAAUCAAACCAAUCAAAGGCGGUGGAAAAGUAAAGAAAAGCGGUGGAUUUCAAUCCAUGGGUUUGGGAUAUGAUAUUCUUAAAGGAAUCACAAAACGUGGUUACAAAGUUCCAACACCAAUUCAAAGAAAGACUAUUCCAUUAAUUCUGGAAGGUCGAGAUGUGGUAGCAAUGGCCAAAACAGGUUCAGGUAAAACUGCCUGCUUUCUGAUUCCAAUGUUUGAGAAAUUAAAGCAACGUGAGCCAACUAAAGGCGCUCGAGCUUUGAUUCUAUCACCAACUCGCGAGUUGGCCGUUCAAACCUACAAGUUUAUCAAAGAAAUUGGUAAAUUCAUGGAUCUCAAGACAAUCUUGGUGCUCGGAGGUGAUUCUAUGGACUCACAAUUCUCAGCUAUUCACACUUGUCCUGAUAUCAUUGUUGCCACUCCUGGACGUUUCUUGCAUUUGUGCGUUGAAAUGGACUUGAAAUUGGGCUCAAUUGAAUAUGCAGUUUUUGAUGAAGCAGAUAGAUUGUUUGAAAUGGGUUUCGGAGAACAACUAAAUGAGACAUUGAAUCGAUUGCCUUCAACAAGACAAAUGGUGAUGUUCAGUGCAACUUUACCCAAGCUUCUGGUUGACUUUGCCAAAGCUGGAUUGAGUGAUCCUAUUUUAAUUCGAUUGGAUGUGGAAUCAAAACUACCAGAAGGUUUAAGUCUUAAGUUCCUCCAUUGUCGUCCAGAUGAACGCUACACAGCUUUGAUAGUCCUCCUGAAGUAUGUUAUCCCCACAGACGCACAAACAGUGGUAUUUGCUGGAACACAACAUCAUGUCGAGCUUAUUUCCUAUAUUCUUACUCAAGCUGGUAUUUCAAAUGCACCUGUAUACUCCAGCUUAGAUCCGUCGGCAAGAAAAAUCAACACAGCCAAGUUCCAGUACAAAAAGGUAUCGGUUCUUGUGGUCACAGAUGUCGCAGCUCGUGGUAUCGAUAUUCCCAGCCUUGACUUUGUUGUGAAUGUACAUUUCCCAGGGAAACCAAAGUUGUUUGUCCAUCGAGUUGGUCGGUGUGCUCGUGCUGGAAGAACUGGAACAGCUUACUCCAUUUUCGCCACCGAAGAUCAAGCUCACAUGCUCGAUUUGCAUUUGUUUUUAAACAGGCCGUUCAAAAUAAAUGACACGAGUUCAAUUGGCUGUGUGCCGCAGGAUCUGUUGGAAGAGGAGCAUCUAACUGUUAUUGAAUACAAAAAGAGUCAUAAUAUUAGUGGAGUGCUGAGAACUAGUGAGAAUGCUUACAAAAAAUACUUGGCUUCGCGACCAGUUGCUUCAGCAGAUGCCAAUAAACGCGUAAAGACUAUUAAGUUCUAUAGUCUAAAGCCAUUGGAUGACUUCCUUAAAUCGUCAGUAGCUCUGGAAACUGCUUCAAUUGCUAAUACUAGGAAAAACCCUGAUUCUAAGGAAGAUGCAGAAGAAGAGCAAAGAAGGCUACAAGAAGCAAAACACGAUUUGGUAGUCCAGAUGAAGAAUUUCCGUCCACCAGGAACAAUUUUCGAGCUCAGUCGCAGUCAGAAAUCUAUUCAAUUCACGAUUAUGAAAGAGAAACGUGAGAAACAUUCUGAGGUCAUUGAAAAAUUCCGAUCUCAAAGGGAAGAAAUGGAUAAGGAGGACGAGAAGCGUGAAGCACAAAUCAAUGAAACAGAAGACAAUGCUAAAACAGAAAUCGAUGACGAAGAAAUCACCAAAACCUUUGGCAAAGUUGUUGCUCCCAAGAAACGUAAAAACAUGGAUGAACUUUACAAACCAAAGACAAAAAAGAAGAAGAAGGUUCAUGUCAAGGACACUGAAAACUUUAUUCCCUAUCAGUCGGCUGAUAAGGCAACAGAAGAUGGUCUAGCCAUCAAUUCCUUCGAACGUCAAGCAAUGAAUGCCGAAUUCAGUGUUGUGGAACGAUCAUCUGUACCAGAGAUCAAACAUAAACCAGGUCUGAAGAAAUGGGAUCGUAUAAAGAAGAAAAUGGUCUCUGUGCAAGAUCCACGCAAUAACAAAAUCAAAACAGAAUCUGGAGCUUGGAUUCCGGCUAGUUUCAAAACUGGACGUUACACUGAAUGGAAACAGAAAUCAAAGAUUGAAGAGCAAAUGCAACGUGAAGCUGCAAGUGAUGAUGAUGCACCAGCACCUCUUACACACGAAAAGAGAUAUCCAGUUAGUAGACAUGCUCGUCACAAUGCCAAGAUUGAAGAGAAGAAACGCAUGGGUGGAUCAAAUAAGGAAAUUAAAUCAGCCGAUCAGAUUGUGAAGAAUCGAUUACGUUUGGAAUUCAUCAAAAAGAAGCAACAAAUUAAUACUGAGAAAAAGGCAGAAAAUCGCAAGAGAAGUAUGAGGAAAAAUCAAAGGGGUGGCAAAAAGAGGAAGUAGACAAUUUAUGCGUGUUUUUUUUUGUUUUUGUAAAUAAAAAUUCGAGUUUUC